AUGGACCUCACAGGCUUAUGGUUCCAUGAAUUGCAGCCAGGAAGCACACAGAGCUUUCUGGAGAAGCUUGAGGAGCAGGUGGCCAUGGGGCACCAGUCCUUGCCAGAGCGUUCAGCAGAGGGACAGCUGAAUGCAGACAUUAUGCUCAGGACCCUCCAGGUCACAUUCCAGGAGAAAUCCUGUUCUGUGCACCAGCUGCAGUAUACCUUCUGGCCAGACUGUGAGGUCCACAGAAAUCCUUCCCAUGUGCUCAUCAUGGUGAUGGAAGCCCGACACCUCCGGGGAUCUGGGCUCUGGCCCCUUUAUAUUCACUGAAGUGCAGGCUGUGGGCAAAGCAUCCUUUGCACCGUAGAUUAUGUGAGGCAACUUCUCCUGACCCAGAUGAUCCUGUCUAACUUCAUCCUCUUACACAUGGUCCAGAUGCUGAAGCAGAAGGCUUCAGUUGUGCAGGCAGAGCAGUACAGGUUUGUCUACCAUACAGUAGCUCAGAUGUUCUGCUCAGCACUCCAGAAUGCCAAAAUGACCACCCUCCAAUACCCUGCCGAUUUAGCUUCAACGCUGGCCCUUUUCGCCAAGACUAGCACAAUCUGGCGCAGGCCCCCUGCGGGCACCGGACUUGAGGCUAGCGGACGCAGCUCAGAGGAAGGUCCUGUCUACAGCCAAGUUAAACCGCGCAUAAGGCGGCUCCAAGACGACGCGAUUGACGUCGGGGUCCGGGCGGAGGACGAGCAACAGGAGCUGCUGGGUCACGGUGAGGAUGGGCGGAUCCUGGCGCCGGAGAUGCUGGGCUUCCCGAGGCAGCACCCUAACUGCCUUCUGGAGCUGCUCAACUGCAUAGGAUUAGGGGAACCUGAGACUUUUUGGUGGCUAGGAAGACCCUUGACCGGAGUGCAGCCUGGCCACGCCCUGGAGGUUGACGUCAGGCUUCCCUGGUCACGCCCCCUGGGCGUACAGCUGGUCACACUGGGCAUCUCGGGACCUCCUGGCUAUAGCUCAGAAAUUUCUCUUGCUGGGGGCAGGGCUGACUCAUGGGGGACUCCUGCUGCAGCUCCAGCCAACGAAGGCUCUGUCUGGACCGGUGCCUAUGAGGAUGUGGCGGAUGAAGUUCAGACCAGUGGACUAGGCUUCAAUCUGCGCAUUGGAAAACCGAAAGGGCCCCGAGACCCACCUGCCGAGUGGAGCCAGGUAUGA